AGAGCACGAAACAGGAGGGGAGCUUGAGUCACUCGCUGGUGGCGGAAUUUGCGUGUAGGAGGCAGGCAAAAUUCAAAGCCCCCGUUGGCGUGUCCCGCCUGGCUCUGCUCUCUCCCUCCCUCUCCCUCCCUCUCCCGUGUCUACUCAAAUCCCAUAUAACCUCGACUCGGGACUCGCCAGCCUCGAUAUGUGGCUGUAGCACUGCCAAUCCAUCGUCGAGCCUUGGAGCCUCCAAGAUGCUCCGCGCGCCAUGAGAAUGCAACACGCCGCCUGCAAGAGGGCCUAUUCGAGCUUGACGAAGCGGUUGACAAAUCCUCGCACCGGCAUACAUGGCUCGAGCUCGUCGUCGUUGCGACCCGCGCGGAGCUACCCAGUUCGCGGUGGGUACCCGGUAACCCUCGCCGUUCCGUAUACCUCGAUAUCCGAACUGCAGAAGCAUAAGAAAAGUCUCGAUCGGGACUUCCUGGUGUCCGUCCUUGAGACCUCCGUCACGAAGCGAGAUGCCAAGGCAUACAUGAACAAGUUCAUACCGUUGCUGGAGAAGAAGGGCGCAACCGGAUUCAAGGGGCGUGCAGCUCGCGAGAGCCAGGAUAAGGCAAAGGCUGUCGUCGGGGAGAUCGUGACUCUAGGCGCUGCCGUCGCGAAGCAAGAUAUCGUACAAGGGCCGAGACCGGAGGGGGAUGUUGCUAUCCAAGCCCCCUUGUAUGUCGCCCUGGUCAAGUUUCGUGCUCCCCAAGAGGUCAACGACGCCACUUUAGAUGGUGUGGGCAAGACCCUCAGCCAACUCCGGAAGCUGGGACUGAUAAGUAUUGUCGUCGUCGACUGUGCCGCUGCUGGAGAGAAGAAUGAGGUUGCACAGCGGAACGCCGCCACCGUGCAAGCUAACCGCAUCGCCAUGGCCAUAGAUAACUACGAUGCGCCGGGGGCACGGAUUCUCGAUCCGCAGAUUUCCAUCAAGAGCUCGGCCAAAGCGCACAAUCUGACGUUUACUUCACACGGUCUCUUCGUCGGCAACACCAACGACCUUAUGGCCGCCCUACAGGAGGAAGUUAUCCCCGUUAUCCCUUCGUUCGGAUAUACCGCCGACAACUGCGCCCUGAAGACGGUUGAUGCAAACGAUGCCAUACUGGCGCUAACUCGUCAACUAUCUGGUCUGCAAUUUUUGGAUCAGACUCCUCAGGACUCUCAGAUGAUUCCCAUAUCCAGAUCUGCCGAAGUGUACCGCCUCAUCAUCCUAGAUCCUCUGGGAGGAAUCCCCGCAAAGAACCGAGCGACUGGAAGAUACCUGUUCUUAAACCUAGAGCAAGAACUCCAAGAGGUUCGUAAAGACUUGGCAGCAUCCGCGCUGUCAAGCUCGAACCCGUCGAAUCCGGCGGGUUCAGACAAUAUACAGCACCUAGAGAACGCCGAGUUGGCCAAGGACGUCCUGUCAUUGCUCCCCCCGACAUCCUCCGCCGUCAUCACUACGCCGCAGGAAGUGGCAAACGAGAGGGCACCAAAGGACGACAGUAUCGACUGGGCUCUUGUCGGCACCAGGCGAGGACAGAACCCCCUGAUACAUAGUCUUUUGACGGAUAAGCCUAUUCAGUCCUCGUCUCUGCCUUCAGAACGUUUCAGGCCCGUCACAUCCUCAACCGGUACGGCCCAGCUCGGCUCGUUGACAACUUUGGCGAAACGCGGGAUGCCUUUGACUAUCUUACCGGAUCCUCGGGUCACCCCGUGGAGACCGCCCCAACCGGGACAGAAGGGCCUCAACUUGACUGAUCCCUGCAUAGAUCUGCCUCGGCUAGUUAACCUAAUUGAGGACUCGUUUGGCAGGAAGCUCGACGUAGAACACUUUUUAAAGAGGAUACACGGAAACCUAGCUGGCGUCAUUAUCGCGGGAGAGUACGAGGGAGGAGCCCUGCUGACCUGGGAGAAGCCCCCGGGCUUGGACGGCUCCGAAGCCAGUAACCCGAAUCGAAUCGUGCCCUACCUGGAUAAGUUUGCGGUGCUCCGAAAGAGCCAAGGCGCCGGCGGUGUGGCCGAUAUCAUCUUUAAUGCCAUGGUCCGGGACUGCUUUCCGGAUGGGGUGUGUUGGAGAAGCAGGAAGGACAACCCGGUUAACAAGUGGUAUUUCGAACGUUCGCGAGGCACGUUGAAGUUUUCUGACAUGAAUUGGGCGAUGUUUUGGACGACUCCGGGUCUAGUCGUCGACGGACAGAAGUUCCAGGACUACCAGAACGUUUGCCGCGGUAUCGAGCCGUCGUGGUCAAAGAAGAAAUAAACACGUUGGAGCGAUAAGACGCCCCGAAUACGUCAAAUGAAGAGGAUGAUGACAUGUGAUGAUGAUGUCUUCGUAGUGUUUUGUGAUAGAGGGAAACACGAUGAACGUGCAUCAACUGUAACUAAGAGCAUCCACGGAUCCGGCGCAAAUCAUUAGGCAUGGUCACCUCUUAGAGGCAGAACAUGGAUGUGCGGGCUUGUCACAUUAGGUAGGAAACUGUAAAACCCUACAUUUCCCUGUGACGAAUACCCAUGCUUCCGCCGCUGAUGGCACGGGCUUACGGGGUUAUGUAUGUGGAGGGGGCACUGUUGUUGUGAUUGAAGCCCACUCUAUCCGCCCUAGUAUCUUGUUUCAUGACUUGGUGCGGGGGGAGAAUACUUUGUCAUAUGUACUGCGAAAGCACGCUCUUUUCUCUACUUUGAUGAUUUGCUCGGGCGCAAUGACUUUUACGUCGAGUAGAACUCGCGGACUGGUCUUUCUCCUCGGGCAGACUCUAGGAGGGGCAACAGGGUCGCUGGCCACAGGGGGGGAAAUUUUGAAAUCAAAUAAAUGAAUUAAGGGGGAGAAGGGAAAGAGAGAAGAAAAGGGGAAAAAAUAUUUGACUGACUGCGUCCAGGGGAGGAUGGUUAGGUGUCAUCGAUCUCGAGGGUUGGAUUGACGAUACCGAGAAGUCGUUUGUAAUAGUUGAAUCGUGGGGCGGCUGGCAUUGGCGGUCAGGAUGCGAAAGCACCUAAGAGACCCCACC